GUCCCUCAGAUGGGAGUAGGCGAGCUGGGAUAGGCUGGGAGUUUGGUCGGAGCCGUCAGCGGGACGGAACAAGAAGGCGAAAGAAGAAGAAGAAGAGGACGGGAGGGGGGCGAGGAAAGAGGAAAGAGCAAAGGAAGGACCGAGCGGCUGCUAACUUCAGGCUUCACUGCGGCUGAAUGUCGGUGGGGGGACUGUGAGACGCUUUACCGUAAAACUGCAUCUGUUGCCGUCCGAAGGUCCGAGGAGCGAGCGGAGCGGCGCGAGGACCGAGCGGCGUCGCGACAGUGCAAAGUUUGAGAGCCGGGUUUUGACUGGUCCCAGUAGUUUUCUUCACAACCAGGAGACGUAGCAGAACAGCAGAACAGGAGGACAUCAUGCCACGGCGCACAGUGCAAGAAGUAACAGUGCAAGAUGUCCAGAAGCGAAGGAAUCCCAACAAACACUACGUUUACAUUAUCAAAGUAUCUUGGAGUGAUGGCAGUACAGAGGUCAUUUACAGACGCUACAGCAAGUUCUUUGACCUACAGAUGGAAUUGCUGGAUAAAUUCCCGGUGGAAGGAGGCCAGAAAGACCCAAAACGUAGGAUUAUUCCAUUCCUACCAGGGAAGAUCCUGUUCAGGAGAAGCCAUAUCAGGGAUGUGGCCAUGAAACGACUAAGGCCCAUUAAUGAGUACUGCAGGGCCCUCAUCCAGCUGCCAGUCUACAUCUCCCAGUGUGAGGAGGUCAGGGUCUUUUUUGAGACCAGACCGGAGGACCUCAACCCACCUAAGGAGGAACCCAUUGGAAAGAAGAAAACAGGGUUUGUGGAGAGAGCGACUACUUUCCUAAAGAGAGGAGAUUCCACCUCAGCGGACCCCCUCCUCCUGGACCAGUACGUGGCGGUGACGGACUACGAGAAGCAGGAGAGCUCCGAGAUCAGCCUCCAUGUGGGUCAGGUGGUGGAAGUGAUCGAGAAGAAUGAGUCUGGCUGGUGGUUCGUGAGCUCCGAGGACGCCCAGGGGUGGGUCCCCGCCACCUGCCUCGAGGCCCAGGACGACCCUGAUGACUUCAGUCUCCCUGGAGAAGAAGUGCCCCGGAGGUUCUGGUCACUGCCGAGGCACAUGGGCCGUCGCAGAACUUUAGGGGAUCUAUUCAGCACAGGCUUUGGGCAAGAGGAGAAGUAUUCAGUGGUAUACCCGUACUCGGCCCGGGACCAGGAUGAGAUCGACCUGGAGAGGGGGAUGAUUGUCGAGGUGAUUCAGAAGAACUUGGAGGGCUGGUGGAAGAUCAGGUACCAGGGCCGCGAGGGCUGGGCCCCAGCCUCAUACCUGAAGAAGGCUGACAUUCAGAUCCAGAAGCACUCAGCAGGUGCCGCUGCCCACGCCAGCACCAACGACCUGGAUGGGUUUUCCAGACCUCAAAACAAUGCAGCGAAAGAGAACAAAGACAACCAGAAGGAGAACAGACUGUCCAUAUUCUCUGACAACAACAAAAGUAAAGUGGGAUCCAGACACAGACCUCCUCCCCGUAGAGAUCUGACUAUUCCACGUGGAACGAGCCUCCCCAAACCACCAGUUCCUCCUCAAGUUGAAGAGGAGUUCUACACCAUAGCAGAUUUCCAGACCACCAUCCCUGAUGGUAUUAGCUUCCAGGCAGGAGUCAAAGUCGAGGUGAUUGAGAAGAAUGCGAGUGGUUGGUGGUACAUCCAGAUCGACGACAAAGAGGGCUGGGCUCCUGCCACCUUUAUCGACAAGUAUAAGAAGACCAGUAAUGCCCUGCGACCCAACUUCCUUGCCCCGUUGCCCAAUGAGAUGGAGCGACUGACAAUGGAAGAUGGAGGUUCUUCAAAUGUAGGAGCUGAGGACAACUGGUCCAAGCCUUUACCAGAUGAGCCCACCACAGCCUCAGAGUCCUUUACCCGGCCUAAGCUGAGAGACUGGAAGUCCAAUGCUAACAAGGGGGGCUUCUCUGGACCUCUUCCCCCAGCUCCAGCUGCCCCCCCAGGGGAGGAGAAACCAGCUCUGCCCCCUCGAAGGGAGUCCAUUCAUAAGAGCUUUGAGUUGGAAAUAGCAGAGAAACCCAGAUCUGACCAUUCUAAACCUUUGCCCCCUAAGCCACCAGCCCCAGGAGUCAUCAUGCCACUGGUCACACCUAAAGCAGCCCCCUUCAAACCAGAAAAAACCCCCGAGGCCAAGAAGGAAGACAAGAGCAAGGCCCUACACCUUCGCAACGAGAUGGGUCUAGAAUGUGGCCACAAGGUCUCUGCCAAAGAGGUGAAGAAGUUUAACCUGAAACCUGUUCCCAAACAACCGCCAAAACCCAAACCAGAGCCACCGGAGGAGAAACCAGAGACCGCCCCCCCUGCAGUGUUUCUGAAGGCCAAGCCAGUGGUCAAGCCUAAACCUGUUCCAGCUGCCAAACCAGAUCCUCCAGCAGAGAAUAAACUGGACAUCACAAACCUCCGAAGCAAGCUGAGGCCGUCAAAACCUGCAGAACCCAGCUCAGACGCGAACCAUCAGAAUGGUAGUCCAGCAGUGGCAAACAGCCCCCGCCCCAAAUCACCCCCCAGUUCACCCCCAAUUCACAUCCCCACUCUGAAUAACGGCAAGAGCACCGAAGAACCAAAGCUCCCCCCAAAACACGUCAAUGGUCACAGCCAGGAGAGCUCCUCCCCUCCUGCAAAACCAGCAGUCCCGCCUCACAAGGAAGUCCCUCAGAGACCACCUGCCAUGGCUCCAAGAAGACCCCCACCUCCAAAGAAGACCGACCCCUCUAGCCCGACUGAGGUCAAACCUCCACCUGUUCUGAAAGACGCCCAGGACCCUCCCAAGGCCGGACCGCCCCAGCUCAGCAGACCCCCUCCACCUAAACCCAAAGGGUUCACUCCUCCAAACAAAGAGAAGGACGAGUCCAAGGUCAAUAAAGUCCCGAUUCCGCCGAAGCCCCAAGUGAAGAGCGAGAAGCCGGGACCGCCCAAAGACAAGCUGCCCCCUUUACUCAGAGAGCCCAGUAAGGAGGAGCUGUACUUGGCUGUGGCGGACUUUGAGGGGGACGAACAAACGUCGGGGUUUAAGGUGGGUACGGUGUUCGAGGUGCUGGAGAAAAACAGCAGCGGCUGGUGGUUCUGUAAAAACCUAGGAGGAGAAAACGAGAGCUGGAUCCCCUCAAAUUACCUGAGCAAGAAACCGUAAGACAGAAAUGUGUUCAGUCAUGAAAUAAAGACGUCAACGGAACAUCUAAAAGAACAAAAAUGCUUUGUAUGAAGGGUUUUGUAAUAACUGAUAGUUAACAGGUAAUACAGCCUUUAUUAAUACUAUAAAUGUGCUUAUGAACAUCAUGAAAGCUUUAUGAGGUUUGGGAUAAAUGAGACCACAGUUCAGUUUAUCUUCUUACACAUUAUAGCUAUUGUGAAACCUCCACUAAGGUUUAUUGUUGCUGUUUAGGUUAAUACUUAAUUAUUCAUUUAGUAGCAGCUAUCUAUGCACUUACUAACAAUUAAUGUGUUUUAGGUUAAUGAAUGUCUUAUUCAUUUUGACAGUUUAGGUGUAGUAGCUGCAGGGGAAAAAAAAAAAAACAUAAGCAGUAAAUGCAAAUGCAGAUAAACUUAAUCAGCAGAAGGACAUUUAAAAUCUAUCAGCUCAAGAAAAGAAAGCAAAAUAAAAAUGAUACCAAGUAACCAAUUCACCUUUAAGCACCUAAGAUGCAAUUUGCAACAAGCAACAUUAUGGAAUGAAACACAUCUUUGAAAUCUUGAUAUUAAAGUUGAAUAUUAAAAAAAAAAAACCUCUGGGCGCUUAAAGAGUUAAAAAUUAAAACUAUGCAGUUAACUGAGAGUAAAUUAACAAUUAAUUAAGCAACAAAAAAAACUUGGUGAAAGUUAAAAAAAAAAAAAAAAGUAGAAAACAUUAAUUUAACUCAGAUGUUUAAAAACAGUUCCCACCAAUCCAAAGGGUUAAGUAAUGUUAUUAACUAUCUUAUAAAGGCCUUAUUACCUGUUAUCUGAUGCUUAUUUCCAAAGGCUUUUUACUACAAAGCUUUACAUUGUGUCUAAUUAGCAUUUUUUUUAUUUAUAGGUAUCUUUUGUAAUUAACACAUUUUGCUAUGUUUCAUUUUGAUGAGGAUAUUCUACCUAACUGAACCAGCAAUAACACAACAUACCUUGUGUGGUCUCGCAAUGUUUACUUUUUUUUUUUUUGUUUUGGUCUAAAUAUUUCAGUAGCGGAAGACGUUAUCUGCUUUUCGUGCUAUAUUAGUCGCGGCCCGUGUCGAUCCGUAGGUGAUUCGCUUUAGCAGCCGUACAUGUACGUACACACCCAUGCCUUCAAUAAUACGGUGCCUCGAUGUUAUAUGCAAAGUGCUUCAUAUACUGUAUGCAGCUGCAGACGUAGGCCCUGUUGGCAUCUCUUAAAAAUAAAUAAAAGAAUAAAACAUCCAAUGCCAAAGGAGAAUAUACUCAAUGUUCAUCGUAUUCAUACUCAGUCUUUCCCCAGCCGUGGAUAAAACUACACACAGACUGCACAUGAACCUACCAGGGGGGGUUCGGGAACUAAAUCUGGGGUAUCAAGUGCUAGAAGAAUUACAACAGGAGAUGCCUUUGCCAAGUAGAGAUGCUGUUAGUUGAAAUAGCAACACACGUCUUAGUUUUAGUGCCAUGGAUAUGUUUUCUAUUACUGCAGAGACUUGGAAGGUCAGGUUUGUGGUUUGCACAUUCUGAAGGAAGGGAAAGAAUCCCACGGCGCAUUUUAUUAGUCUUACGUUUUUACUUUAAUAGCCAUGUUUUUUAUACUCUAAAAACCAAUGUUAAGAUGAUACCCCAGACUUGAAAGAUGUAAAGAAAAUGUAUAAAAAAAAAAAAGAAAAAGAAAGAAAGAGCUUUAUCUUGAUCACAUACCCAAAAGAUUGGAAUUGUGAAAUGUGACUUGCCUUGCACAUCUGGGCCAGAUGUCCGACCAGGCAGAAGAAAUUCAACAUCUACCGGUGAUUUGUGCAAUGAUCAGCAGUAUUGUAAAUGUACAGUCUGUUCUUUACAAACCGAAGUUUGGUGCUCAAAUAGAAACAACAAAGUGUGACCAAUGUAUAAAAAAUAAUAAUAAUGUUUUACAUUAACGCUUGACUGGUCUCAAGUGAUAAAAUAUCAUCAAAGUAUUUUUAUUGUACAGUAAUUAGAGUCAUAUCUUUACUGUUUUCACUUCUCUUUUGUCUUUAACUGUGUGAUAAUGAUGAUGAUGAAGAAGGGAUUUUAGGAAGAUAAAGCCAGAGAAAAUGUGGGUCAGAAAUGUUGAAACUGCCAAAUGACUCAGAUUUGUUUGUUUUUUUUCCCCGCUGUUCACAAAAUGGAAACUAAAAUAUGUUAAAGUUCUAGUAGAAUCUGACAAGGCUGUGAGUUGGAACACUGACGGAUUGUAUUUUGUGUCGGUCCAUCUGUUCUGCUCCUAGUCGCCUUAAUAUCACACCACCUUCUGCCCUUGUUUUACACACCGCUGAGUGCAUUUGAAGUCUACAUAUGAAUAAGUGGGUCCAGUUGUAUUGUUCAGGUGUGUUUCACAGAUGGUUCAGUUCAAUUCAAGAUAAAUGGAUGAGACGGUUGAUGGUGUCAGUGUUUCAGUAUUGUAUUCUAUUUACUUUUUGCUAUGUAUUUUUUUUUUCCAUUACAUUGACUCUUCUUUUACUUAAGUCAAUAAAAGUUUUCUGAUUUUUCA